AUGCUGCUUGGGGAGACGGAGAUGGGUCAGGAGAAAGCAGCGGUAGGACUUCUAGAAAACCCAAACCUUCAAAACCAGGCGGAGAAGGAAACGAAGGAGGUAAGGAAGGUGGAGAACGAGAGGAAAAAGGAGGAGGGGAAGGCUUUUAAUUUAAAGGAAAGAACAAAAACGGAAGUUGCAAGCCUCCUAGUUUUCUCCAUGUUUCCGGCCUUGGUAGAAAUUACCCGAGGAGCUCAGUGAUGAUCAGGGUAAAGAAGAGUUCAGAAGAACAGAGGAAUAUGGAGCUAUCGUCAUGGAACAAACAGAAUCAGAAAUCGAAUCACCCUAA